AUGGCAAGGAGUCGAAGAAAGCGUAAGCUGGCAGCUCAUGAUGUUAGGUCAGCCUCUCAUGCUGUACCUAAGAACUACAAGAAAACAAAAAGGUCAGGCAGGAAAAACGAAUUGCGAUCAACGUCAGAGGAAAAGGACUGGGAAAAUGCCACAUGCUCAAUAUGCUUGGAACGCCCUCAUGAUGCUGUCCUGCUCCUUUGUUCGUCUCAUAACAAGGGUUGUCGACCAUACAUGUGUGGUACCAAUUAUAAACAUUCCAAUUGUCUUGAGCUGUUUAAAAAUGCUUAUUCGAGGGAGAAAUCAGCAUGCGAAAUCUCAACUGCAGUGGAACCAAGUAACCAGAAGCCAAAGACAAUGCUGCUUGCGUGCCCUAUCUGCCGUGGGGAAGUUAAAGGGUGGACAGUGGUCAAGUCUGCGCGGCGAUUUCUGAACCGCAAAAGGAGAGCUUGUAUGCAUGAGGAUUGCUCAUUUGUCGGGACGUAUAAGAGACUCAAAAAGCAUGUGAAGUCCAAGCAUCGUUCAUCAAAGCCUCGUGAAGUUGACCCUGCACGCUUGGCUGAAUGGGAGGAGUUUGAAAAUGAAAAGGAGAGGCAAGAUGCAAUUAGCAUUGUCAGUGCUUUGAAUCCAGGGUCUGUUAUCAUGGGGGACUACAUCAUUGAUCCUGAUAGCGACAUCAGCGAUCCUUACAGCGACAACUCUUUAGAUGAUUUCGGUGACUCCACAUUCUCAGAUAGUGAUGACGAAGGUUCUUAUGAUAGUGAUCCUGUCCACAGAGACAGAGCUUAUAGGAGAAAUGGGGAAAGACCAAGUCGCAGUCUCACAUACGUUGGGGGACUGCCUCGGAGGCCACUGCGGGUUGGUUUUGUCCACAGAUCUCUGAGUCAGCCACGCAACAGUUAA